GUUGUAAACAUUGUGACUAGAGAUUUUAAUCAUCAGAAACUAAAUAAACAUAUUUCUUUUUCUUUUUCUGUAACUUUAUUCAUUAACAAAAACUAAAAACACUACAAGACUAGAUCCAGCGGCUAUAGAUAAAUGCGGUGGCAUAUCGGAGGGUCGAAAAAGAUUGGUGUGGUCCUAUAUAUUCAAGAGACGACUGUAUCAAGAGAAGAGUUUAAUAUUAACAAAGGACAAAACCUAUCAAUAUGGAUACUCGUAGUGAUGAUGCAAAUAAACCCAUGACGAUGUGGUUCUUGGGGAUGUUGCUGUUUACCAUGGCGACCGAGUCGGAAGCUCAGUUGUCGGAGAAUUACUACUCCUCCACAUGCCCCAACGUGGAGCGUAUAGUUCAGCAGGCGGUUACUACAAAAUUCCAACAAACUCCUACGACGGCUCCGGCAACGCUACGGAUGUUCUUUCACGACUGCUUCGUCGAGGGAUGUGAUGCCUCUGUUUUGAUAGCAUCUGAGAACGAAGACGCAGAGAAGGACGCGCCGGACAAUAAAUCUCUUGCUGGAGACGGAUUCGACACUGUAAUUAAAGCUAAAGCCGCUGUAGAAGCUCAAUGUCCCGGCGUUGUUUCAUGUGCCGAUGUACUAGCCCUCGCCGCGAGAGACGUCGUCGUGCUCGUUGGAGGGACAGGGUUUAAGGUUGAGCUAGGGAGACGAGAUGGGCUAGUGUCCAAGGCGUCUAGAGUGACCGGGAAGUUACCUGAACCAGAUCUUGACGUGAGAAGUUUAGUCGAGAACUUCGCUAAAAACGGGCUUUCACUUACCGACAUGAUUGCUCUCUCAGGCGCACACACCAUUGGAUUCUCCCACUGCAACCGUUUCGCCAACCGUCUCUACAACUUCUCUAACUUCAUGCCCCUGGACCCUACGCUCGACCCGGCCUACGCACAACAGCUGAUGUCAUCCUGCCCUCGUAGUGGCGGGAACCCUGCCCAAGCCAUACCCCUGGACCCAACCACCCAAAAUAACUUCGACAAUACUUACUUCCAAAACCUCGUGGCUCGAAAAGGCCUUCUCACCUCCGAUCAAGUUCUGUUUAACGAUAUCUCGUCUCAGGCCACGGUGAUCAGGUUUGCUAAUAACGCUGAAGAAUUCAGCAGUGCCUUUAGCUCUGCUAUGAGGAAGCUCGGCCGCGUUGGAGUUAAGGUUGGAAACCAAGGAGAGAUUCGAAGGGACUGCUCUGCUUUUAACUAGCUUUUAUCGAACGGUUAAUGUUCAAAACAUAAAACAUAUAAAUUCUGAAGCUUUUGAUUUAAAGCUUUUGUUACAUUUAAAAUGUCAUAAUAAUCCACAAUGGAACUUCUUAAAUUGUAUUGGUUGAGCUAUUUCUCAAGAUUAAUCAGAUCCCAAAUAUUUAUUUAAAACUGAAAUUUUAUUUUAUACAUGGGAGUGUCUACAGAUGUUUGCGUAGAUGUUGCUUCGCGCGGAUAUGAAUACA